UGGGAGAAAAAUGGGAAGGAGGGGGAGAAUGAGGAGGAAGAAAAUCCCAGAGGCUUGCAGCUUUCAGGCAUCCAGGACAAGGAGGCCCCUUCCUAGUCUGACUCUUGGGGGCUGGGGUUCUAACUCCAUUGUGACCUAACAAUAGUUGUGAUGAUAAGACCAAGAUAUGCAGGGAUAAGGGGAGGCCCUUGUCACUUUUGUUCUCUGGAGUGGGAUAGGACACACUCCUGAGGUGGGUUAAGUAGCGUGGGGACAAAUUUCCCAAGUGACACAGAAAUAACUAAGGAAUGGAUAAGCGGGGCAAUGGUCUGAAGAUCCCUCUGUGGAAAAAGAAUCCAGAAGAAUUCCUGGAUGAUGAGGUGGAAGAGGGGGAUAAUGAAGAAGAGGAGAUUUCUGAUGAGAAGGAUUCAGAUGACGCAGAGAAUGCAUCAGAGAAGGAGGGGGAUUACUGGGAAUCGGGGCAGGAGCUCCAGGAUGGUGAUGGGAAAGACAAAGGCUCAGUAUCUUACUGUCCUCUCCGUCAAGAGUCCAGUGCAUCUGAGGUGUCGUCCCUGAGGCGCUCUGAGAGUGGAUUCUGGACCUGGCUCAGUCCCCUUACCCUCCUCUCCAAUCUAGCCUUUCCUGUGGACAGGAAGAGGAUCCAGCCCGGGCAGAUGUGCCUCCUGGAGAAGCAGCGAACCAAUGAUGGCCCCUGUUCCCGCUGUGAGAUUCUUUUCUGCAGGAAAUGCGAGACUCUGCACUGUGACCCCAACUAUGUUGAGCACUGUAUCCUGGACCACUGGGAAGGGGGUGCUUCGGAUCGUGAAGAAUUUGAGGAAGAACCAAAAAGCCCUUCCCAGGAGACAGUUUUAUUUAUGAAUCCUCCCUUCGUGGUGGAGGAUGUUCAAUAAAGCCCUCGGUGCAUCAAUCGAU